AUGGCGUUGAAAGCCAGAGCGCUUUACAACUUCCAGAGUGAAAACAAAGAGGAGAUCAGCAUCCAGGAGAAUGAGGAGCUCGUCAUCUUCAGCGAGAACUCCCUGGACGGGUGGUUACAGGGCCAAAACAGCCGCGGGGAGACCGGCCUCUUCCCUGCCUCCUACGUCGAAAUACUCCGCUCCCGGUCGGGCUCCAACUACACGGACUACUCCAGCAGCCCGGCCGGCUCCCCAGGGCACGACUCCUCCUUCUACACAGCCCCCCCCAACCCUGGCAUCUCCUACCAGGGCAGUUUUGAGGACGACGAUGAUGAUGACUGGGAUGACUGGGAUGAUGCCUGCACGGUGAUGGAGGAGCCCCGGAGCGCGCCGGGCACCAAUGGGCACCCUUCACCCAGCCUGCAGUACCCGGCGGCAUAUGGCCACCACCAGCAUGCCGGUUACCAUCCCAAGCCGGCACUGGAGAGGCAGGACAGCAUGAGCUCCUCCAAGAGGGGCAGUGUGGUGGGGAGGAAUCUAAACCGCUUCUCCUGCUUCGUCCGCUCGGGGGUGGAAGCCUUCAUCCUGGGCGACGUGCCCCUAAUGUCCAAGAUAGCCGAGGUGUACUGCAUUGAGAUGGGCUCCAAAGGUCCCCAGUGGAGGGCGAACCCCCACCCCUUCAUCUGCUCUGUGGAGGACCCGACCAAGCAAACCAAGUUCAAGGGCAUCAAGAGCUACAUCUCCUACAAGCUGACCCCCAGCAACAUCAACUCACCCGUCUACCGGCGGUACAAGCACUUUGACUGGCUCUACAACCGCCUCCUACACAAGUUCACUGUCAUCUCGGUGCCCCAUCUGCCUGAGAAGCAGGCCACUGGGCGCUUUGAGGAGGACUUCAUCGAGAAGCGCAAGCGGCGGCUGAUCCUCUGGAUGGACCAUAUGACCAGCCACCCCGUCCUCUCCCAGUACGAGGGCUUCCAGCACUUCCUCUGCUGCCGCGACGAGAAGCAGUGGAAGCUGGGCAAACGCCGGGCAGAGAAGGACGAGAUGGUGGGUGCCAGCUUCCUCCUCACCAUCCAGAUCCCCACGGAGCACCAGGACCUGCAGGACGUGGAGGACCGCGUGGACGCCUUCAAGGCCUUCAGCAAGAAGAUGGACGACAGCGUCCUACAGCUGACCAACGUGGCCUCGGAGCUGGUGCGCAAGCACGUGGGGGGCUUCCGGAAGGAGUUCCAGAAGCUGGGCAAUGCUUUCCAAGCCAUCAGCCACUCCUUCCACAUGGAUCCCCCCUACAGCUCGGACGCCCUCAACAAUGCCAUCUCCCACACGGGCAAGACAUACGAGACCGUGGGGGAGAUGUUCGCUGAGCAGCCUAAGAACGACCUGUUCCUCAUGCUGGACACUCUCUCUUUGUACCAAGGGCUCCUCUCCAACUUCCCGGACAUCAUCCACCUCCAGAAAGGUGCCUUCGCGAAGGUGAAGGAGAGCCAGCGGAUGAGCGACGAGGGCCGGAUGGACCAGGAGGAGGCGGACGGGAUCCGCAAGCGCUGCCGAGUGGUGGGCUUCGCCCUGCAAGCUGAGAUGAACCACUUCCACGAGCGGCGCGUGGCCGACUUCAAGAGGAUGAUGCAGUCCUACUUAAAGCAGCAGAUCGUCUUCUACCAGCGCGUCAGCCAGCAGCUGGAGAAGACAUUACACAUGUACGACAACCUCUAACGCCUCUGCUUGCUGCCCCGCCGAAAUCAUGCACUUCUCUAUCUGCAGCCUUGCAGACCUCCUCUGUUUUUGAUGGGCUGAGAAUGAAUGGGAACUCAUGACGCUAGUGACCAAAUACCUUCAGGCUUUCUU